UCUCUGCAAAGUUUGUUUCUCACUCUAAAAAUUAUUCUUUACCAAAUUUCUCUCUCUCAAUAUUGUAUCUUCUUCAUCAAACCAAUAUCAGUCACUUCAAAACCCUAGGUCCCUAACUUUAUAUCCACCAAUCACCAUCAGCAAUCCAAAGUUCCCCUCCUUAUAUCUAUUACAAUCUAUAUAUAUAGAGAGAGAUAUAUAGGUGUAUAUCAUAUGACUAUGGAAUUCAAGUUUCGAGCCAUCGACGAGCAAGCGUCCACGUACCUCCAUCCUUCUUCAAGCAUGAGUUACUUCACAGAGCAAGCACUUCGAGCCGGUUACCGGAGAAAUGAUUUUGGACUCGGCAACGACUUGUUUCGAAAGUCUAGCAAUCUUGAUGAGGCGAUUCUGAGGGAGAUUGAAAAAGAUCGAAUCAGAGAAGAAAUAAUGGCAGCAGAGAUGGGCCGGAAGCGUUUAUUAAUAGAAGCAGAGGUGAGCAGAAGGGAAAGAGAGAUGAUGGCAUUGCAAAGAGGGGAUGGAUUAUCGCAUUCUUCUCCGUGGACGUGGAUGUGGAUGGAGCCGAGACCAUCAGGAGGAAGUAGAUUACUUGAAGAAAGAUUGGCAUUUUCGCUCCAGAAAAGAGUGACUCGCCGCCGAGAGAUUGGAGGACUCGACACUUUUGAGAUCAUGCCCUUUGAACGUGCUGGGAAGAAGCCUAAGAUUGUAGGAGGACAAGGUUGUCUUCCACCAUCACUAGUAGUUAAGGAUGGUUUUGGGAGCAAAGCAUCAGCAGAGUAUUAUGUAUUAGCAGCAGCCCAAAAGCAGGAGAGAUGGUUGAAGCACUACAGCAGCUCUCACAAAAUACUGCUUGUAGGAGAGGGGGACUUCUCUUUCUCAACUUGUUUGGCUAAAGCUUUUGGUUCUGCUCACAACAUGUAUGCUACUUCUCUCAACUCUAUAGGGUUUUUGAUGCAACACUAUGGUGAAUCCGUGCUCAACAUUGAUCAACUAAAGAUUAGAGGUUGUACUGUUAUGCAUGAUGUUGAUGCAACGAAGAUGGCAGAUCAUUGUGUGCUCAGGACCCUCAAGUUUGAUCGAAUAAUAUUCAAUUUCCCCCUCGCUGGCUUUUUCAAAAACGAACCACGCGAAUCUGAUAUCAGUAAAAACCAGACGCUUGUGGAGUCAUUCUUCAACAAUGCUAAGACGAUGGUCAAGGAUGAUGGAGAGAUUCACAUUUCUCACAAAUCAAAUGGCAUCUUUCUGGAAUGGAGAAUUGAAUCGUUAGCAAUAGGUUGCGGCCUUCGGCUUAAGGAAGAGGUGCCAUUUAACUUGCACGAUUAUCCUGGUUACAACAACAAAUAUGGGUUCGGAGGUGAUAAGAAUUUCAACUGCAACCCUAGCAAAACAUACAAGUUUGUGCUCGGGAACUGAGUGCAUUUUCUUCAAGUGUCAAAUUUGUUAUAAGCUUUCUCAGCUGAAUAUAUCCAUGCUAUUAGUAGCUUUAAUGUAGAUCAACUAACUUAAUUUGGUAUUGAUAUGAAGAUGACGUCAUGUGAGAUACACAUGAAUGUGUGUGUAUAUAUAUUAUUAUAUUGGUCGGC